ACGCUUCUAACCGCCUUGACAUCUUUCGAUAGGGAGCGCUCUAUAUAAAUGUCUCUCCAGGGAAUGGGCAGGGGCAUUGAAACAUUUCAGUGUGGGAAAACACCCAAGGAAGAAAAAAGCUCCUUGUAAGAAAGAAGAUGUCUCAAAUUCCUCUCCUAACUCCUUACAAGAUGGGAAAAUUCCUUCUUUCUCACAGAGUAGUUUUGGCACCAUUGACGAGGCAAAGAUCUUAUGGAAAUGUCCCUCAACCACAUGCCAUCUUGUAUUACUCUCAAAGAACCAGCAAAGGGGGCCUUUUAAUAGCUGAAGCCACUGGUAUAUCUGACACAGCUCAAGGGUACCCCGAGACACCUGGAAUUUGGACAAAAGAGCAGGUGGAAGCCUGGAAACCUAUUGUGGAUGCUGUUCAUGAGAAGGGUGGUGUUUUCUUUUGCCAAAUUUGGCAUGUGGGGAGGGUUUCUAAUUACGGAUUUCAGCCCAACGGGCAAGCUCCCAUCUCCUCUACUGACAAGCCACUGACACCUCAGCUUCGUGCCAGUGGUGUCGAUGUUGCAGAGUUCUCACCUCCGCGGCGGUUAAGGACAGAUGAAAUUCCUCAAGUCGUCCACGAUUUUAGAGUUGCUGCUAGGAAUGCCAUCGAGGCAGGUUUUGAUGGAGUCGAGAUACAUGGAGCCCACGGCUACCUAAUUGAUCAGUUCCUGAAAGAUCAAGUUAAUGACAGAACCGACAAGUAUGGUGGAAGCUUAGAGAACCGUUGCCGUUUUGCUCUAGAAGUAGUUGAGGCCGUUGUUGAUGAGAUUGGAGCUGAUAAAGUCGGCAUCAGGCUCUCUCCCUUUGCCAAUUACAGCGAGUCUGGGGAUUCAAACCCAGAAGCCCUCGGCCUUUACAUGGCUGAAUCACUAAACAAGUAUGGAAUCCUCUAUUGCCACAUGGUCGAGCCGAGGAUGGUCACAGUAGGUGAGAAGUUCGAAACUCCCCACAGUCUCGGACCUAUGAGAAAGGCUUUCAAGGGGACUUUCAUAGCAGCCGGAGGCUAUGGCAGAGAAGAUGGGAACAAAACUAUUGCUAGCUCUUAUGCAGACCUAGUUGCUUAUGGCCGCUUGUUCUUGGCUAACCCUGAUUUGCCUAGGAGAUUUGAGCUUAAUGCGCCUCUUAACAAAUACGAUAGAAACACUUUCUAUUCACUAGAUCCGGUUGUGGGGUACACCGACUACCCUUUUCUUGAAUCUACAGCCUAGAUUUUCAUUUAUGUGAGAUAAAGGAGAGCUGCAUUAUUGUUUUCCAACAUUUCUUCCAGAAGGUUGGAUUUAAAGUAGUUGUGUUUUAGAUGAUAUGAUGUUCGAGAUUGUUUGUAUUAAUGUUUCUGUGAUAUGAUAUUGGGGUCGUAUGUAAUACAGUUUCUGUGAACUUAUCUUAUAAUACUUUGCAUUUGCCUAUAUGAUUCAUGUUACAUGCAACAAUGAAAUCCUUAGCAGUUUUAUGGUGCA